AUGCCUCCCAAAAGGUGUGCAAAAUACAACCUCCCGGUUCCUCUUCCGGAAGGAAUAAUCCUGAAAGAUACUGAGAAAAGAGAGUGGAGACUGGGCCCUUUGAUUGCCCAGGGAGGAUUUGGGCUCAUCUACUUAGCGUCCCCUUGCCUUGAUAUUCCAGUAGACGACCGGGCAGUUCAUGUCAUUAAAGUGGAAUACCUUGAAAAUGGGCCCUUGUUUUCUGAACUGAAAUUCUACCAGCGAGCUGCAAAACAAGAGCACAUCAAAAAGUGGAUGAAGCUGAAACGGCUGUCCUUUUUAGGGAUUCCUGCCUUCUGGGGAUCGGGGCAGGCUGAACACAAUGGCAAGAGUUACCGAUUUAUGGUGAUGGAAAGAUUAGGCGAAGACUUGCAGACCAUCUUUGAAAGAAAAGGGCGACGGUUUGGCAAGGGAACGGUGCUGCAGCUUGGACUGCGAAUGCUUGAUGUCUUGGAGUACAUACACGAGAAUGAAUAUGUUCAUGGAGACAUAAAAGCAGCAAAUUUACUGUUGGGCUCUGGAAACCCAUGCAAGGUUUAUCUUGCUGAUUAUGGACUCGCCUACAGAUAUUGCCCCAAUGGGAACCACAAAGAGUAUCGGGAAAAUCCUAAAAAGGGCCAUAAUGGGACAAUCGAGUUUACCAGCUUAGAUGCCCACAAGGGAGCAGCGCCGUCCAGACGAGGGGACCUCGAAAUACUCGGCUACUGUAUGAUGCAGUGGAUGUGUGGGACUCUGCCCUGGGAAGGUGGCGUGAAGAACCCGGAUGCUGUCCAGGCUGCAAAAGAAGAGCUCCUGGAUGAACUUCCCGAUUCGGUGACAAGAAGGGCGCCUCCAGGAUCGGACUGUGCAGGCCGGUUCCGCAAAGCCAGUGCCACAACACGAUGAAGGUGCGAAGGAACACGGGGAAGCUGCCUAUCGGAGAAAAGCCACUGUGGGAAUAAGCAGCAGCCAAGGACGAGGCAAGCAAGUGCCGGCUGGACUGAACAAGCCUCGUUGGAUUGAAGUGGUGGGUUUUUAUU